CAUUUCACAGCCGCCCUGGGCACGCUGGACUUCAGCCUGCUGUAUGACCAGGAGAACAACGCCCUCCACUGCACCAUCACCAAGGCCAAGGGCCUGAAGCCAAUGGACCACAAUGGGCUGGCAGACCCCUACGUCAAGCUGCACCUGCUGCCAGGAGCCAGUAAGGCAAAUAAGCUCAGAACAAAAACUCUCCGUAACACUCUGAACCCCACAUGGAACGAGACCCUCACUUACUACGGGAUCACAGAUGAAGACAUGAUCCGCAAGACCCUGCGGAUCUCUGUGUGUGACGAGGACAAAUUCCGGCACAAUGAGUUCAUCGGGGAGACACGUGUGCCCCUGAAGAAGCUGAAACCCAACCACACCAAGACCUUCAGCAUCUGCCUGGAGAAGCCGCUGCCGGUGGACAAGACCGAAGACAAGUCCCUGGAGGAGCGGGGCCGCAUCCUCAUCUCCCUCAAGUACAGCUCGCAGAAGCAGGGCCUGCUGGUAGGCAUCGUGCAGUGCGCCCACCUGGCCGCCAUGGACGCCAAUGGCUACUCGGACCCCUACGUGAAAACAUACCUGAGGCCAGAUGUGGACAAGAAAUCCAAACAUAAGACAGCGGUGAAGAAAAAAACCCUGAACCCGGAGUUUAAUGAGGAGUUCUGUUACGAGAUCAAGCAUGGGGACCUGGCCAAGAAGUCCCUGGAGGUCACCGUUUGGGAUUACGACAUUGGAAAAUCCAAUGAUUUCAUUGGUGGUGUGGUUCUGGGCAUCCACGCCAAGGGGGAGCGCCUGAAGCACUGGUUUGACUGCCUGAAGAACAAGGACAAGCGCAUCGAGCCCUGGCACACGCUCACCAGCGAGCUCCCAGGGGCCGUGCUCAGCGACUGAUGCCCACCCGCCACUGCUACCCCUGCCGCCACCUGCGCCUAGCACUUCCGGCCCCGGGCUUCCCCAGCAGCCACCAAGGCCUGUGGCCCCCACACUGGGGGAGAUCCAGAACCCCUGCUUGGACACAGAGCCACUGCAGUCCCCGCUCGGAGGAUGUGGAGGGCUCAGCCACUCUGGGACGGGGAGGGCAAGGAGCUGGGGUGGGGGGCUCUCAGCCCUCUGGCGCCCAAGAGGCCGGUGGUGGAAAGAGACCUCAGCACCUGCCCAGGGGAAGGGGACACGCCCAUCUGGGAGCAAAGACCCUUCUAGAGGCCAGCCCUGGUUGAGAGGACAGGAGUGUGGGGGUGCCUUGGCAGACAGUGGGAACAGAGGAGGGAGGUGGUGAGCAGACAGACAGGUGGAGGAUGGGACCUUGAAGACUGGCUGCUCCAGCCCAAGAAAGCCUGACUGCAUCCCUCAUCUCCUUCGCUGCUGGACAGAUGGAAGAAGCGGGCCUGCCGGCCGAAAGUCUGCCAGAGUUCCCGGAGGCUCCUGAUGACGGGUAAAUUGGCACAUGCUUCACUCAAUUAUUCCACAAGCCCUGGGGGUGAAUGAGACACAGGGCCUGCCCUCAGGGAGUUCCCAUCUAGUCAGGAAGCUGGGAACAAACCAUUCCAACUGGGGUGAGAAAUACCAAGACCAGCUUGGCCAGUCUGCAAGUACUGUGGGCUCUGUUGACUCUGCCGGGAGGUCAGGGAAGGCUUCCUGGAGGAGGUGGUGCUUCCGUAAGGCCUAUGGAGGGUGAGUGGGGGCUUCUAAAAGCAGUCCAGGCAGUGGGAGUGGUCUAAAACGGCCUGGAGAGAGAAAGCCAAUGGGGCCGGGGUGCUGUGGACCCAGGGUCUCCUCUCCAGGGGAGGGUUUGUUAGGAAGGUGUGAGGCUCGAGGCAGGAGGUGGGGGACGUGAUGGAAACACCAUGGAGAAACUGGUGUGGGCUGAAGUUCAGACCUCAGACCCAAGUCUCCCACUCUGAUCUCUUUCUACUCCUGAGGGACCUCAAGGGCGGAGCCCGCCCCUCCUCCUUCCCGGCAUAAGCAUCAGGUCAGCUGCGGUGGAGAAAAGGGUCCCUUGUGCUUGGGAAAAAAGCAAGCAUUCCUACACGUCCUGACUCUCCCCUCCCCUCCCCUCCACUCCC